AUGGGGCGUCUAAAACUACUAAUACUGCUACUGUUUCUCGUCGCAAAUACCGUCUGUGCAGCUGAUGGCGAUGAUGGCCGAGGAUUUGAAUCCGAUAGAGGAGGAAAAAAUGCCAAACAUGGCGACAAAGACAGCGAUUUUGCAAUUUCAAGUGAUUUAGAAACACGGUAAGUAGUAUUUUACUAGUUGACGACUUUGUAAAGAAAGUUCUUGCCAUUUUAUGUUAUGUAAAUAAAGUUUUUGCCAUUUUUUGUUUUGUAAAGAAAGUUUUUGCCAUUUUUUGUUUUGUAAAGAAAGGUUUUGAAAUCUUUGUUUUGUAAAGAAAGUUUUUGCCAUUGUUUGCUUUGUAAAGAAAGUUUUUGCCAUUUUAAAACUUUUUGAUAACCUCGUUUAACGUUUUUAGCUCACGGAUGGUAAUGUUGAAUGGAAAUAUGCACUUUCGUGCUGGAAAUCGCCGUAACAUUACGUUUGAUGUCAGUGAGACGGGCGGAAUCUUCUUCAGAGAUUUGAAUAUUAUGGACAUUCCCAGCAAGGUCAGUUUUCGAAAUUUUAUAUUUUUUUUUGCUUUUGAAACGGCUUUUCAAAAUGAAUUUAAUUUUUUAUUUUAAAAUUUUUUAAUUUAAAAACUUUUUUUGAAACGCGUACUGUACUGUAAAGAAAGUUCUCGUAUUUAUUCAAAACAGCCGUUUUGUUUUGAUAAAAUAUGCGAAUGAUUGGUACUGAAACUUUUUUGAAAUUAAAUUUAGUUUUUUAUUCAAAAACUCAUCCAAGCGGCCUAA